GGUUUAGGGUUUGGGGGUUGGGGUUUGGGGGUUGGGGUUCGGGGGUUGGGGUUUGGGGGUUCGGGGUUCGGGGGUUCGGGGUUCGGGGUUCGGGGGUUCGGGGGUUCGGGGUUCGGGGUUCGGGGGUUCGGGGUUCGGGGGUUCGGGGGUUCGGGGGUUCGGGGUUCGGGGGGUUCGGGGUUCGGGGGGUUCGGGGUUCGGGGUUCGGGGUUCGGGGUUGGGGUCGGGGUUGGGGUUGGGGUUCGGGGUCAGGGGUUCGGGGUCAGGGGUUCGGGGUCAGGGGUUCGGGGUUCGGGGGUCAGGGGUCAGGGGUCACGGGUCAGGGGUCACAGGUCAGGGGUCAGGGGUCAGGGGUCAGGGGUCAGGGGUCAGGGGUCAGGGGUCAGGGUUCGGGGUCAGGGUUCGGCGGUCAGGGUUCGGGGUUCAGGGUUCGGGGUUCAGGGUUUUAGGGUUUAG